CUCCUUCCCUAUGGCGGCGGCGGCCGGGGGGGCAGGCGGCGGAGCAGGAGGAGGAGGCGGCGGGGCGGGCUCGGCGGGGCUGGGCGACAGCGGCGCCAUCGACUACUCGGUGCACGAGGCGUGGAACGAGGCCACCAACGUCUACCUGCUGGUGGUGCUGGCCAGUCUGGCCCUCCUCGUCUACGCCCGCCGGAACAAGAGGAGGAUCAUGCGCAUCUUCACCCUGCCCCCGGCCGCCGAGACGCCGCCCGAGCCCAACUUCUACGACAGCAUGAAGAAGAUCCGCCUGCGGCAGCAGCUGGAAAUGUACUCCAUCGCAAGGAAGUAUGAACAGCAGCAGCCACCGAAACAGACUGAGAGCGUACAGCUCUCGGUGGAAUGAAGCCCACAGUUGUAGCAGCUCAGGAUUAUUUCCAGUGCCGAUGAUAAGAGUCAGUGUGGAGCUAUUUUCAAGACCUCUUAAUUGAUACGUAGCUGAAGGCAAGGGGGAAAGGAAGGGGACUCUCCUAAAAACUUUGUUGUUGGUAGCUUUUCUCUGAGCCCCAUGAAGUAAACCAAGUGCCUUCUGAAACGUUCAGCGUGAAAGCACCCAACAUGGGAUAGAGCUGCUCAGAGAAACCUCUGAAGGUAGAGAAGUGCAGUCUUACCAAUGUGUUAAAUUAUUUCUCUCCCUCUGUGGGCACCUGGGAAAUCAGCUCCUACCUUCUCCGGUAACGGCACCCUUAGAGAAAGCAAGGCAGGAGACCUGUCUGCCUGGAAACCUGUUCGUUUCUUGAUGAAUUUGCUGAAGGCCUUGCAGAUGAAGAUGGUGGUGGCUGUAUUUACUGCCUGGGGAAGGUGAAGGAAGAGCUCUGCCAGCCCGGAGCGUCGCUGGCGGCAGCGCGGAGAGAUUCCCCCUCUCUGGGUUUGUACGGAGGUCGCGUAUGCAGUACUGAGAACCUGUCCUGGAGAAGCCUCGAGAACUGAGAACUACACGGUGAAUUGCACGUCUAAAAGACACUUAAAACCCAAUACUGUAAGGUUUAUAGCCACGGUGGUUGGCUUAGUUUAGCCAAACUGCUUUAAAGAACGGGACUGUCUGUAAAAAUUUGCAUAAAGAUGGUGGGAAAGAGGCAACACACCCUAGUUACUUUUUUUUUUUUUUCCCUUUCUGAAUAAAUCAACAAAGCCAGUUCAUUUAAAGAA